AGACAGCAAUGGUACAGGGCUGUUUUGCGAGGACUGGCUUGUGACUGUCCACACUAGGUUUGUGCACUGGUUAUGGGUUAAACUUUUUAUUGGGUUGAAGGAAUAAUGAGAUGAAUUGCUAUUUUCUUCUCUUGCAAAGUAAGAUAGGGACACAGGUGGCGCUGUGGGUUAAACCACAGAGUCUAGGACUUGCUGAUCAGAAGGUCGGCGGUUCGAAUCCCUGCGACGGGGUGAGCUCCCAUUGCUCAGUCCCUGCUCCUGCCAACCUAGCAGUUUGAAAGCACGUCAAAGUGCAAGUAGAUAAAUAGGUACCACUCUGGCGGGAAGGUAAACAGCGUUUCCGUGCACUGGUGGUUCGGAAGCUGUACGCCGGCUCCCGUGGCCAAUAAAGCAAGAUGAGCGCCGCAACCCCAGAGUUGGCCACGACUGGACCUAAUGGUCAGGGGUCCCUUUACCUUUACAAAGUAAGAUGCUACUUUUUCGUUUCUCCUUGGUUAAGAAAAGCAAUUAUUAUGCUGAAAUUACCAAUAUAUUAUUCAGUACAUUGCAUUCAUUAUUUAUUGAAUAUAUGGAUUUUAAAAGGGGCUGUCUCCUGGGGGUUGGGGAGGGUUCUAUUGCUGGUGGCAUUGCUAUAAACAAUUUAUAUUAAUCUGAAACUAAAUCAUUAGUGCAUUGUUGUGCACUAAUAAAAAUUGGUGGUGCUGUUUAGCUGAGAAAAGCAUAUCUUCAUUAGCUAUCCUCUCAAUAUUGUCUGAAUUGAGUGCAAUAUUUAUUUAUGGUUGUUCAUGCAAACCCCAGUAGUCAGUCAAAAUAAGGCUUUGGAGUUCUUUAAGGCAUUCACCAUGUUCAGAAAUCAACAUUUAUUGUGCAUUGGAUUUUAUUGUGCACAUGCACUAAAGUGCCACGACUUUGGUUGCUAGUAGUGACCAAAAUUAAAUCCCAUUGAUUUCAAUGGGACUUAUAUUAAAAUAAUGACUAACUUGCCUCAUUUAAGUGAUUGGAACUUAAGCUCAAUUAACUUAGCCUGGAGCCAACUCCAUGGGUGGUGUUCAACUUUUACUUAGAGGAGACCUUAUUGAAAUUAAUCAACACGACUAAGUUAGUUCCAUUCAUUUAAAUGGCUCUACUCUGAAUAAAAUUUAGUUGAAUACCACCUAGUGGGUGUCAUAAAAUCCACAAAUAAUACCCUCUGGGGGUGCAGUUUUUCUGAAUUUUAUCAUUUGAAGUUGAUGCAGCUGCAUGUAUUAUAAAACUCAAGAUGUUGGCAAGAUUAAGGCACAAAAUAGGCAACAGCAGACAGCUGCUCACAGUGGUGCUUACCUGACCUUCAAACAGUAGUGUCACUGCUGCUUAACACAAGGAGGUUAGUGCAAUGCAAACACACCGGCAGACCCAAUCUGGUGCUUCUCCUGGAGCAUUUGAACUGCACUGACCUCACCCACUCCUUCCCAGUAAUCAGUGAUUCAGCUCUCCAGAUAAGCACUGCCACACCACCAUGUCCUCCACCCCUGGAAAUGGGGAGGGAGGCUUGGUUGCUUCUCUUUCUCUUUAAAGACACAGUGAAUGUGCAUGCGCUAGAUUAAUUCUAAUCUAUUAGUUGCUUUAGCAAGCCAUUAAUUUGAACAACAUCAAGACCCUGUAAUAGUUGAAUCCUAGCCUGAAUGCUAAUUCCCUGUCUACACAUAACUUUCCAGCCACACUUUGCAAUAAAAAAGAUGGUGUAGAACAGUAUAAUGAGAAAGCCUUUAUCUUCACAUUUAAAUCUUAUAGGCAAUUUCUGAAGAUUAUGGGAGUACUGUACAGAACAAAUCCCAUCCUCUGAUGUCUUGAGCAAAGCAUUUUGUCAUUGCUGUGGAAGUCUGUUGCCUUUUAACCAAGAUGUCCACAGUAUUUACCAAACACCAGCAUUGGGUGGCCCAGUGAGAUGUGAACUAACCACACGGUGGGGGAAAGAAAGAAAGCCUGCUACUGAGUGCUGUGACUUAGGUCACACAUGAUGUAGAUCAGAAAUUAGAGAAGUCAGAAGCUUGGUUGUGAAAUGAGCAUUCUGUUAAAUCUCCGCUUGCAGUAGGAACAAAGCCACCCUCUGCUGCCAUCUAAGCCUACACCAUGUUUCCCCUGGAACGAAUUCUGUUGGUGGUGUUUACAGGUAAUCAAACAUUAACAAAAUUAUAAAUUGUGGAGUUGCACUUCUGGGAAAUCAUUGUUUUAGACUUGUACAGUGUAAUUGUUCAGUAUGUAAAUAUUUAAUUCUCUUUAAUUCAAGACCAGACAUCUGGCAAAUGAUUGUGAUUUCUAACAUUUUAAGGCUGUAAUACCAGAUAUAUACCUAAAUUGACUUGUCUCUGAGUAAACAUGCUUAGGGAUGAAGAUGCAGGAAUGAGAGAAAGUUAACAUGCUGCUGUUGUUUGCAUAUGGUAUAUGAUUUCAAGAGCUUAGGCACUAAUACUACGUUCUUUUCCUAACAGUCAGCAUCAACCAUGUGACAUAUUAAGAUGUUAUUGAGGCUGACUACAUGUAAUAUAUGUUCACCUAACUGGAACAGAUCCUUGUGAUAACCAUGUGAAAACUAUAAACCUCACAUGCACCCUAGGUUUCCAGAAUACCUGGUUCUGUGCUACAAUAUGAUAUGAUAUCCCCACACAGUAUCAAUUUGUAUGAUUUGAAACACGGGGCUCUACUCAACAGCGUCAGCAAGAGCUGUGAGGAUAUGAGUCACAUGCUAUCAGCAUACAGACUUCAGCAUUUGAAACAAAAUAUAUUCUGUUCCUGUGAAAUCUGACCACAGUCCUUAACCGCCAAGGGGCUUCCCACCAGCGCAAAUGCUCUUUUGUUUCUGGUAGAGAACAUAUUUUUCUUUUCUUUUUCUCACACUAAAGCUAAAUGUGAUGGGAGAAAUCAUGCCUCGUUUAGUCCCAAACAAUCCUUUCCACAUCUGGUUCAAUAUUUCCUACUUUUAUCCUUCAGUCUGGUUCAGCAGCAAGUCGAUUUCUAUGCUUGUUCUUCAUAUAACAAAAUGUUGAAAAUGUUUGUUCACAAUGAUAUGUGGAACAAAAGGGAACUAGAUGUCUCAAAGCUUUUUCACUUAAUGUCUUAUAAUCAGCAAAAACCUUCACCCAGAAUUGGUCCAGUCUACAUUCUUUUAAAAAUGAUUUCAAUGAACCAUCACAAGUCACAUCAACAGGUACAUCUUCCUCUUCUGCAGAUAGUUGUACAUCACCACAUUCAAAAGGAUUCCUUACACAUGAGUGCUCAGGAUUUUAUGCAGGGAAGUAAUAUCUGAUGCUGGUCGCUAAUCACGCAUGUGCUCAGGGAUGUAAUGUUUUACUUAUGGCAUCAAUUCUAUGUCACUGGCCCCAAGAAAUGUCUCCAGUGUUGGGAUAUUAGUGAGGCUACCACCUUAUACUCAGCUUGCCCAUAAUCAUUAUUUUUAAAUCACUGCUGCAGUCUUAUCUUCAACAUAAAAAAAUAUUCACAUCACCUUGAAGGCUUGUGUUGAGAGUGCUCAAGUAUGUGAAAAUGUCUGCUAAGUAGGCUACCAUACACAACCACAGAAAGUUGUUCAACUGAUCACAUGAAAUUUUGUAUCUGUCAGAAAAACUAUUGAGUCAGACCACUGAUCCAUUUGGCUCAGUAUUAUUUCUACAGUGACUGGCAGUAGCUCUCCAGGUUGUCUGAUAAGGAUCUCUGCCGGUCCUACGCAGAGGUGCCAGGGCAUGCGCAAAGCAGAUGCUCUACCCUGAGCUAUUGCUUAUCCCCAAACAGUAGGAAAAGUUCUCCAUUGCUACACUGCAACUGAAUUUAAAAAAAGGAACUGUGUAUAGAACUUGCAAGUGCUCUAUAUGCAGAAGGCUUUUUAUAUGCUAUUCCUUACUUGUAAUCUGAGAUGGUGCAUCUUAGCAAAACUUUGUAGCAUAAGGUUCUGCAAUCUGAGGGAUCUUGCAUCUUCAAGACAUAGGUGAAGGCUUGGUCAGGGCUUGAUAAAGUAUUGGUGAAGACUGAGUAGAAAACAGAUGGAAUUUUGUAAUUUUGGUGGUGGUAGUAGUAAUAGCAGCAGUAGUAGUAAUUUAUAAUACAGUCCUUCUGUGCCCAUUUCAUCCCUGGCUGAAAUAGAUUAAUUAGUUAAAUACAGUACUUAUUUGGAGUGAGGUUUUUAUUCUUGCUUAUUACCCAAUAGAAACAACCAACUUUUUAAUUUAUUUGGUUUCUGCCCUACAUCUGUUUCCUCCCACUCCCAAAUGUAGCCACAUAGCUUGACUCAGAAAACAAGAAAACAAAAUGCUAUUUUGUUGCAAUAUAUAUAUAUGUGUGUGUGUGUGUGUGUGUGUGUGUGUGUGUGUAUUGUGGCAAUUUGCUUAGCUAUUUUCCCUGUUGGACUUCCAAACCGAGACAUUAAUCCCAAAGUCAUAAGGCAAGAUUCACUGAAAACCCUACCCAUAAGCAGUGGGAGAGUCCUCUAAACUUGAUAGACCUUGGAAGAAAUUAGAACUUAUUUUUAGUUAAAAAGUAGAGAGCAAGGGGAAGGGGGAAGGGAACCCUUACUUUUAAAAAAAUGAUAGGCAUGUCAAUCCGCCCCGUGGAGCAAACCAUUUGCUCUCCUCUCCCCUGCCCCCUCCAGUCGCAAAAGCCCUAAGAAACUAUGUCAGAGGUUUUUGCUCAAUCCCAGCUCACUUGGCACCCAGCAACUCUUUCACAAGUUUUUCCCUGGCCAGCAAGCAGGCACUGAUCAUGAGCAGAGGCUGGAUGAUCCGUGGAAGGCUUUCAUCGUGCAAAUAACAAGAUAAGCAAGUCCCCUGGGUGUGUUCCGUGGACCCUCAGGGGUCCCCGGACCCCUAUUUGGGAACCACUGCUCUAAACUGAUUUGUUUAAUAAGAAUAUCUAUCAGUUAUUUUUUGUUGCUUGCUAAAGAAUUUACCAAACAUUUCAGAAACUUCCACUGAAGUGCAUAAGUGAUGAGUGCUAUUGAAAAAUUAGCAUUUACAAGUUGCAUCCAAUGGUAUUCCUCUGCUGGUGGAAAGCUCUUUGAUCCAGCAAAGGUUUCUCAGCAGAACAGGGAGCCUAUAACUCACCCUCUUCCCUGCAACCCCACCAUCUUCCACAAUGUUCCAAAGGUCCCCCAUUCAAAAAUCACAUUCCUUCUCCAUUCUUCUAUGGUUCUAUUAGCUCAGAGAGCUUUCUGAUAUUGAAUGGACUCCAUUGGAUACAGCCCUAUGAAUCCGCCCCCCCAUAAAUGACUACACAUUUUGUCAUGGAGAAAUAUACUUCAUGUUUGAGCACCCAUAUUAUUGUUCAGCAUAGUUUGAACAUUUUCUUGGCUUCAACUCGAGAGACUGAGCCGAGGUGUUGGAAUAUAUGCCUGGGAAGAAUAUUUUCAAAUUACAAAGUCAGCAUAAUAUUAGGCUUUAGGAAAGUUGCUGAGAUGGAAAUCUUUUUACAAAUACAGUGUUGUUCCCGCAGUUUGUCAUAAUUCCAUUCUUUUUUUCUUUCCUUUUUUGUAACUGUAGUGUCUUCCCCUACAUGCUUGUUGACAUCAGUUUCUGGGUCUACAAUACAGGGAAAAGUGGGCCAGAACAUCACUUUACCCUGUCAUUAUUCUACUGUGGAAAAUGGGAUUAGAACCAUAUGCUGGGGGCGAGCAAGUUGCCCUCUAUCUUGGUGUUCCAGUCAAAUUUUUGAUACCAGCGAAUGGAAAUCAAUAUAUAAGAAGGAUAGCAAGUAUUAUCUACUGGGAGAUGUUCAUCAAGGAGAUGUGUCUCUGACAAUUGUGAACGUAACAGAAGAAGAUUCAGGAAUAUACUGUUGUCGUGUGGACAUAAGUGGCUGGUUCAACGAUCUGAAACAUAACAUUGAAGUUGUGAUUGAGAAAGGUGAGCAGAAUGCUUCCACCAGGCAUAUGCCAGUUUGUCACUACCUAAGAUAAUAUUUGUAGCAUAUUUUUUAAGUUUGGCAAAAUGUUAAAGGGUCUUGAUAAAACUUUUUACAAAAAAUGUAGAGCUUCUGCUAUGAAGGCUAGCAAUCCCAAUAAAUCAUAUGUCUAUUCCCCCCGCCAAACAUGGGAAGCAUAAAAAAAAUGAUUAUGCAUAUUUGCAGAGGAUGGGUAUCAAUAGCUAAAUGGAAAUCGAUGGGCUUUUGGUUUACUGCAGCAAAGCAGUUCUUUUGUCAUUAUGCCCUUAAAUCCUUCAUAAAUACCCAAUAAUCACAUUUCCUUCACACACAAUAUACAUCUGUAUUUACACUCACAACUAAAGGGAGGGAGGAAGAGAGGGUUUCUGCUGUUAUAUUCUCAUAUUCUUAGAAAUAGUCCAAGACUUCAAUCCAACAAGUUGAUGGCUCAGAUUUUCAGGCCAUAUGACAUGCUGAAAUAUAAAAGUUGCAGCAGGAAUUUGGUUCAUGAUCAGAGGACUUGGUCAUAGCUGACCUCUGCUGGAAUGAAAAGUAAAACUAAAAAUGAGACAGCAGUUGAUCUCCUGCUAAAAGGAAGAGACCACUGGGCAAGUCCAAAGUAUAUGUGUGAAUGCAACUUCUGCACAGCCAUCCAUAGUUUGGUAAACCUCAAUGACCAGUAGAUGUUCACACGAUUCUUUAUUAUAUCAGCUUCAGGCACAAGUCCAAAAAGUACUAAAUAUAUUCCAUUGUAUCUAAUGCUUUUGGGGCUUGUACCCAAAGCUAAUAUAGCAGUAGUAUGGAACCUUAAGCCUGCAAACUAAAUAGACCUGCCAGGUCCUGUCAAAUGGUCUGUGAGACAAUUUCUUCCAAACAGGACACACCUGUAAGAACUUUGGCCCUUGGAAAGUUGGACAGGUACAAAUCAGGUAGUUGAGCUCAAAGAGGUUCACCACCCCGUAACAUAGCAAAGACUUACAUUUUUGCUGAAUAUGGUAUGGUGCAACUGACUUGUCUGUUCUUUUUCUUAAUCAGGGAACUGGAGUCCAACUUCAGCUAGAGUACCAGGUAUGCGUAUAUAGAUGGAUUGUGAAUUUGUUAGUCUCCAUUGGUUAGUCUCAAGUCUAGUGAAGCAUGGAGUGAAAUGAAAUGAAGUGUUGACUGUAACUCUGAAAGAAAAGAAGAAAGAAUAAAUUAGAAGAAAUAGUGAGUGUGCUUAACUCCCAUUUUAAACUGACAAAACUAGGUUUUCUUAUCCAUGCAUAUAACAUGGGACUCAUCAUCCAGAAGCAUCCAUUUAUGUAUUCAAAGACAAAGACAGCUAUAAUUAUAAUUAUUUAUUUGUACCCCACCCAUCUAGUGGCUCCCAAUAGAAUAUUAAAAAUACAAUAAAACAUCAAACAUGAAAAACUUCCCUAAACAGGGCUGCCUUCAGAUGUCUUCUAAAAGUCAGAUAGUUGUUUAUUUCCUUGACACCUGACUGGAGGGCAUUCCACAGGCUGGGCACCACUGCCGAGAAGGCCCUCUGCCUGGUUCCCUGUAACCUCACUUCUUGCAGUGAAGAAACCGCCAGAAGGCCCUCGGCGCUGGACCUCAGUGUCCGAGCUGAACGAUGGGGGUGGAGACUCUCCUUCAGGUAUACUGGGCUGAGGCCAUUUAGGGCUUUAAAGGUCAGCACCAACACUGUGAAUCCAGGUUGUAUGAAUGAGUAUGCCACUUUAUCUUUGCUUUGUCCAGCUACUAUACACUUCACUGAAACUUACUUUGCUUUGGAACCAAGAUGGAUGUCCAGCACACAAUCCCCACAGGAUGUAAGUAUCUGCAUGGUCUCUUUGCAGAUUGACGGAAAUGUUUCAUAACUUAUAGGUACAAAAUGUCCUUCCAGAACUUAUCUGUGUUAAAUAUUGUUCUUUCUUGUUAUUGCUAUCCAUCAUUUUUGGUGAGUGAACCAUAAAUAAAUGACUUCUUCUUUUCCUCUUACAUGAAGCCUUUGGCAGACUCUCUUACCCCCCCCCCCCCCAUGCUCUACUCUAUUAAGCUUAAGUAUAACUAAAUUAAUAUUCUUUCUUGUUUUAUCUUGCCUCCAUCCUCCACCUGCUGUCUUUCCCUGUGUUUGUUCUCAGAUUGAAAGUGUCCUUUUCUGCUUUGCAAAGUACUGUGCACAUAGAUGGAUAUAUAAAACAGACAUUUUUCCUUUAUGAUAAUAAUUUACCGUAUUUCUCUGUGUAUAACACGCCCCCGUGUAUAAGAUGCCUCAAAUUUAAGAAAAUGGGGGGAGCUUGCCCAGAGUUGUUGAGCUUUUUUUUGGGGGGGGGGGGAUUGCAAAAAAAAACACUCACCCGCCAUAACAAGCAGUGCAACUCGAAAAACCCAUCAAAUCACACACCCCAUUGCCACCACCGCAGCAAAUUGAAAGCAGUGCUUGCCGCAGCCACCAAUCACCCACCCAAACGCCACUGACAACCUCCUGCUCCCGAAAACGACCAAUCCCCCGUGCCAGUUCUGCACUAACCAUGUAUAAGACGACCCCCUCCCCUCCAGUUUGGAGAUCAUUUGAAAAGAAAAAAACCCCUCGUCUUAUACAUGGAAAAGUACUGUAUCUCAUCAGAUUUCAUGAGCACAAGCAUAAUUUUCAGUACUAUAACACUCCUAGCAGAUUAGCUCACCUCAUCUAAAUUACCCUAUUAAUUCCAUUUCUGUAUAAGUAACUUGUUUGAAAGGUAAUCUGUUAUAGCUGGACAUAAGUGUUUGUAUUGCACUUUUCAGUUUCUACUCAGUGAGGUCAUUUCUGUAUAUAUAUUUUUUGCAGAAUAUUUCUGUACAUUUUACCACACUAAAAAGAGAGAAAAGAAAAGAAGAACCUUCAAGGGCAGUCCUAUAUAUUGGCACUGGAACAUGUGCAGUAGUAUUAUUGCUCAUUGUGGCAAUGCUGACACUUAAGUGUAAGUAUUCCUGUAGUUUUGCAGAAUUUUGCUAUAUAUUUUUCAACAUUGGCAAAUGAGGGAGGGAAGACAGAAUCUCUCAGGGCUAGUGCUGGAAGAGUUGCAGUAUCAUUAUUAGUCAAUAUUUGUGGGACUAAAGGAUUGUAUUCAAUGCAGCGCUAUGUCAAGGUCCCAAUGGUGUAAGGAUCACCACUAGCACAAUGGGUCUUUCUGCCUCCCCUCCUUUCAUGCAGUGGCGUAGCAUGGGUUUGCCAGCUCCCGGGAUGGGGCAAGUAUUGCACCUCCUGGUAGACUGGGUAGCUGGGGUGGGGACACGCACCAGGGGGGUGCUUGUGGAGGAUGAACAGAGCCCGCCUUCAACAGGUUACUUGCCCGUUGCCUCUAUCCACCUGCCCACUAGUCAAACUCGCCUGCCAGCAGGACUCCAUGCCUGUUGUGGGAGCACAGUCAGGUGUGUGCCCAGGGCCAUGGCUUCCCUGGCCCAUGACACCACGCCUCUGCCCUCAUGUGCCCUUUAAAUCUGUUCUGGAGUAUCCUACAUCCCUUCAUUGGUUUGCACCAGCACAAGUACACAUAUAGAGAGUAGUUCUCAUGGACGUAUUUCAGAAAUAUUUGGACCGUUUGGCUUUGAGAUAUUGAGUUGUGCAUGUGGUUAUUAUUUUGGCAUUGUAUAUAUUGUUAAGGUUUCAUGUACAGUGGUACCUCGGUUUAAGAACAGCCCUGUUUACGAACUAUUCAGUAUAAGAACUCCGCAAAACCGGAAUUAGUGUUCCGGUUUGUGAACUUUACCUCGGUCUACGAACAGAAGCCGAACGGUGGAAGGGCACUGGUGGCGGGAGGCCUCAUUAGGGAAAGUGCACCUCGGUUUAAGAACAGCUUUGGUUUAAGAAUGGACUUCCGGAACGGAUUAAGUUUGUAAACCGAGGUACCAUGUAUUAUAAAUUGUUGAAAUGUUGUACAUUAUUGUUAAUGAAUUUUUGUAAACUAUGCACAGAGUUGCUAAAUUAGUGGAUUACAGCUCUCAUCAUCCCUGACUAUUGGUCAUGCUGACUGGGGCUCAUGGGAGCUGAAUUCCAGCAACAUGUGGAAGACCACACCUUCUGCAUCCCUGUCCUACUAUAAAAACAAAGCUUUUCAUGCCAACACUGCAUGCAACACCUGUCAAUUUACAACUUUUCAAUGCCUCUAGCAUAGGAGCCAAAUCCUAGGGGCUGAGGAGUCUUUGGCAACCCAGUAAAAUAUUUGAGGGGGCCGGGGGGCCCCAAAGUUGAUGGGCAUUGCUAUUCAAAUGGUAUGUGUGUGCCACAUCAUGUGAGCAGCUAUGUAGGGUGGGGCUUACUGACCUCCGCAAUAUUUUAUUCAAGUUGGCACAUCUGGCUUUUAAUAAGUCCAGUCCACUGAUGUUAUAGCAGCCACCAAUCCUUGGUUUUUGUUGUUAUUCACUAAAAGCAUAGCAUCUUUUACAAACAACCAUAUAUAGUUAAUAAUUAACAUUUUUUAAUACCGAUAAACACAAACUGUAUUCAUUGCCAAUUACUGUAAUUCAUUAUGCCAAUACUGCAGAGUAGAGAAGAGGGACAAUAGGCACCUUGCCAUAGUAACCAGGUUGUCUAUUGCCCUAUUUUCAUCAAAAUGGAUUUUGGAACAAUGAAAGUGCAAACAUAUUCAGGUAAUGCCUUACUAGCAAAAUCAGGAUGAUUUACUUGCUGCAUACAAAUAUGAAAAUAGGACAGACUUUCUGGAGGGCAGUAAUAUCAGGAAGUACUGUUUGGUAGUUCCUCUAUAUUAAUCUCACUCUUAAUCUAAUGAAAGCAACUGCCUUUUAUAUUAUUUAUGCUUUUUAAAAACAUCCCACAGGGUAUUUACACAAGAAGCAGAGGAUGAGUAAUUCUAUAAGGUAAUUACUAUUCAAGUCUGUUUCUAGUUUAAUGCUAAGAAGAGUAGAUGCUAUAGUAAUUCUACAACUUGCAAUUGUUCUGGUACAAAGUGAAGUAAUAUUACAGUUGGAGAGUUCAGCACGAGUGCUACAUAUUCACAUUCAUUGGAAAUAUAUAGGUAACACCAUGGGUUACAUUAGGAUGUUUAUAGGCCUGGAUUUAAAGCAUGCAAAUACUUCCAUGUGUGUCAAACAGCAGCACCCCCAAGGCCACAUGGGGCUAGUUAUGAGAAGCAGACAGAAGGGUAGGCCUGAAUAUCAAUUUUCAAAAUGAGGGGAAUUUCAAAAGCAGAUUAUGAAAUGAAGUAAUGGUCUGCUGUUUAAAGAAAAGGUAAAAAAAAGAAAACCCGAAACACCCCACUGGGUAUAUUGAGUUAUUUCUGGUGACCAUUUCUAUCUUUCAGUACAUCCUUGAGAACAAUGCUAUGGCAUUUGCAGAGUAAUUAUUUUAGGGAGAGGGAGAAUGGUGUUGCCACAAAACUGGUGGUGGCUGCAGCAAAACACAAAGCUGUGGAUAUGUUUUGUCCCCCAGAUUUUAAAAUUCGAGCCACAAAUUCUCACUUGGUAACUUUCAGUUCAGCACUAGAAAACAUAUGACCAUAAUUUGUCCAUUUUCUUUGGUCCUGAGUUAUUUCUAGAGAUGUUGAUAAGGUACAAUUUUGAUGGUUUCAGAAAACAAGUCUUCCUCAGGUUAUCCUUAAUUGGGCCCAGAUUGUUUCAGUUUAUGUAUGAUUUGUAAUGGGAUUAUUACAUCGGAGAGGGACACUUCUUCCAAAUUUUUUUUAAAGCAAGGAGCUGGCAGGGAGGUGACAUAGACCCCUGGAUGCUGCAGCGCAUGUUCAUAACAGCAUCAAGAUGCCUCACAGCAAACUUAGGGCAGCCAAAGCCAUUCUGAGUAAAGGUAUUACAUGUCACCAAGACAGUACCCCUAGCUUGGAGAAGAAUCAGGAAGGAACUAAAGCCUGAAAGGAAGUGAUCUACUUUACCAACGAAUAGUUACUAAAAAAGAAGGAAGUGAGGAAGAACUGGCUGUCUUUCUUUCUAUCAUGGUCUCCCCCUCACGGGGUCAGGUAGCUUAUUGCAAGUGUUGUUGCUUUACUCGCAGAAAUAAAAACGUUAAAAUCAAUGAAAGCAGUACAAACAACAACACAACAAAAAUAUUUAAAAGGCCAAAUUAAAAAGAGGUGUCUUGAUACCUUUUCUAAAAACAAGGAAAAGGGGCCAAUCGUAACUCUGAGGGGAGCACGUUCUAGAAUAUGAUAGCGAUAAGGAGAAAGAGCUCUUGUGCAUGACUGUCAAGCGGGCCUCUGCAGAUGGCAGUAUCCUCAAAAGGGCCCCUCCUGCAAAAACUAAAUAGCUGAACAGCUUCAUAACAAGACACGGGAGCCAGGUCCUAGGUCAGAAUAACCUAGCGGGUAGACUCCAAAAACUGGGGAAUACUAAGAUUUGUUGAAUGAUCAAACUUGUUACUUUAACAAUAGUAUAUUUGCUAUGACUUCACAUAUUUCAUUUAGCCCAAACGUGAUUUAUAUUUGUUUGCUCUUUCCAGUCAGGUGGCAAUCUCAAGCUCAGCCACUGGAGGAAUUCGACAUGUUAUGGAGACUGGUGUCCGUGCACCAGAAAAUAUUUAUGAGAUGGAUUAGAAUAAGAAUAAUAUACACAGUUUGGAUUGUGUUGACAACUACACCAAGAAGUGUUACUCGGAGCAGACUGGCUAUCAAAAAGAUAUCAGUAAAACAACGAGUAUGUCCAGAUUCACUGGUGGCCAGACAUUUUGGGGAGAACUUCACAUGUUUUUCUACAGCGUGAGACACUGCAACUUUAUUACAGUACAUAUGCAUACCACUGUGCUUUGAUAUGUGUUUCCCUCUAGUAUGCUGUGUAAGAGAAACAGACCAGAAUUGGAAGCCUGACUCUGUGCCAUAACCCAGCCUUUCCCACCCUGAUGUCCCCUAGAUGGUUUGACCUACAACUCCCAUCAGCCCAGACAGCGUGGCCAGUGGUUAGGGAUGAUGAAAUUUGCCAUGCAAAAUAUCUGGAGGGCAUCAAGUUGGAAAAGGAUGCCAUAACCAGUUUCUCCUUCUGAAGAACCACGCCACAGUCGCCUACUGUCUGUUUAAUUGGCCAUCCAUCACUUAAAGGCACAGAUACAACUUCUUAGUCUUCUAUGUAUAUCAUGCAAGUGAGGUUCUCUCAAUUAAAAGAAGGACAACAAGCAGCCAUGUGACUGCUGCUGAAAACUUUACUACAUGGAAUCUUUCCCCACAUGAUGGACCAGUUUUCCAGUCCUUGGGGUCAAGUACUGGGAUAACAUCUUUCAUUGGGUAUUCUGAUUGAAAUCAGAGGGUUGGCAAUGCAAUUCACAUGGUCAUAGUCUUGGCUGACAUCCCUGAGUACAGUCACAGCCUCCAUAAGAUUGAUAUAAUCUGUUGUAUUGUACCACCACAAGCUGUAAUUAGUAAGUUUCCUUUCCCCCUUAAUUAUUGAUCUGCUUACAUCGUUAUGUGUGCUCCUCCUUUUCGUUGCCCAUAAUUUUUAAACUUUCUUGCAAAACAAAACUUUAGCUUUUUUAUAAAAAAAGGGGGGAAUGAAACAAGAGGGACAACUCAGAUAUACAAUUUAAUACAGAUUAGUCAUUUAUUGUUAUCUGCAGAUCAGAGGGAAAACUAUGUUCUAAUUUUUCCAGUGGCUCACUAGAGGGCACUCAAAGUACUACUUUGAUAUAUCAGUUUGAGUUUUAUAUUUCACAUGAGCUUUCCAUUUCCUGGAGACCAGGAGUUUUCAGAUUUUACUAUUAUGUGUCCUUUACUAUGUGUGUCCUUCUAAAUCACACACACACAAACAUGGCAAAACCCUGAAGAUAAAUAAAGAUUAUUUCCUGUC